GAAGAUCUGAGCGAUCUGUCUGAUCCCUCGCCCGAGUCCACUCCAAGACUCUUCCUCCGCCUGCAGCCGCAGCGAAGCCAUGGCCGCCCCGCGCCGUCCUAUCCUCCUCCUCCUCGUCCUACUCGCCGCCGUCUUCUCCCUCUCCCUCGCGACCGCCUUCCAGUCCGAUGAGCUGCUCCUCAACGACGACGAGGAGUUCGAGGGCGUCGGCGCCCGCCCCGCCUCCCGCUCACCCUCGACCUCCUCGCCCUCCCAGCCGGCGGUCCCGUCUGCCUCCUCCCGGCGCCGACCCGCGGACGCGUCGUCGCCCGGGGUCGGAGAGUCCAACGCCGUGCAGUUCACGCUGGAGCACGACCUCGGCGCCGGCAAGGGGUUCACCCCCGCGGGGUCCUUCUCCGCCCGCCUCAAGUCCUCCGUCCACGGCGCGCAGACUCUCACUAAGCUUCGCUUUAUGAGGAAUGAGUUAACCGAGGACGAUAAAGAUGCAUUUAAAAAAUUGCUGCAGGAAGAUGGUUUUUAUACAAUUAGGCUGCCGUCUAAUGUAUUGGACCCUAAAAGAAAAGAUUAUGUUGUUUCCUCGAUUAAAGCUAGAUGCAUUCCACGUGAUACUUUGGAUGAACACAUUGAUAUCCACAUGCAUGGUGUUAAUAUUUUGGCAGUUAAUUAUGGUUCUGCUGGUGGAUGCCAAUACCCGCGGCCAGUGAAAUUACCAUCAAAAUGGACAUUCAAUUCAUAUACUCUUCUGAAGACUGCCGAACAAGCACCAAGAACUCCAUCAUUUUCUGAUCAGUUAAUGGAAGCUGAUAAUGGACUUGGUGAAGUGAUGAAACCACCUGAGAAGUCUUUCUGGGCUAAAUAUUGGAUGUACAUCAUUCCGCUUGGUCUUAUUGUCAUGAAUGCUGUUACGGCAGCAGCAAACAUACCGGAGGAACAAGCUGCAGGGCAGGGCCAAGCAGGAGCACAACGGGCACCCGCUGCUGCUGCGAGGAGAAGAUGAUGGCUGCUUAUGUUUCCCAUACCAUAGAUUCAGGGAAUAUGGAGAGGCGAUGGACAUGUUUGUAUUGACCUUGCCAGGCAUAUACCUGAAGCUCUACCUGCGGUUACAGACACCAUUUUGUUGUACUUGUUGCAUUAAGGAACUCGCCCCUCUGAAAGGUGCUGUUAAACACAUACUGCUGGCGGAUAGUAACCGCAGCCAAUCUUUAAUCCAAUGCAAAUUUGAAUGUGUUGAGUAGCUUAA